AGAUAGUUUUGUAGUUUUCUUUACCAAGUCAGAUAUGAACCGAUUUGGAGGCGUGUACAAAGAUGAAAAUGUCGUCUGUUCCACAACUUGUGAAAUCUACAUCCCUGCCUCGCUCCCAGAAUCGAGUGUUUCUGUACUCAAAUGUGAGUUGCAUUCGUUUGGACACUGUGACAUUUACCUGAUUCAAACUACCAGAAGUUCGGACACAACAGCAGGGUCAAUUUUAGACUUACCAGGACAACAAAAGAUCAGGAUGGAUUUGAACCUGAACAACAUAGUCGAGGACAACCUCCAUUACACGAGGAAGGACCAGUACUGGUACGAGUUCUCCAGGCGGUACGGCUCUAAGGAGCGCUUCGUCACCGUCCAUUUCUGUAGGGAGGACGAACAGUGUGAAAAGUUCUUAGAGUUGUUACAAAUCUCCUUCAGAACUCUGGAGGACUGCAGACAUCGCCAUAUACAACCAGAAAACGAUUAUCGUCUCAUUGCAUACGAAACUACUGGGAAAAUCUUUGUUCCUAAGACGUCAAGCCUAAAAGAAAUAGAUUUUGAUUUACCAUUUCAAUGCGUUUUGGAAACGAACGUAGACAGACGUCAAAGACACUGGGAGGAUGAACACGCUGUUUUUACCCACAUUAUUUCUCCCAACUGGAAGCCUAAACGAAAGAGCACCAUUCCUAGUAAAGAUAUACCUCAUCAUCAUCCGUCCUUCAAAGUCCUUGACAAUAUACAGACGUCAGAAAAAUCUCAGCAGUACCUCCGAUGUCAAAAAUGUUCCGAGUCCUUCGAUCUGGAAAAUAAACAACCUCGAUUUCUACCUUGUCUCCAUACAUUUUGUUUUCGUUGUUUAAAAAAUACAAAAAUAGGCAAUAAAGUAAGAUGUACAGUUUGUGACGUAACACAUGACGUAAUGGACAUGGACAAAGAUUGUCCAAGAGAUGACACGAGGUUUGAUUUGAUGGAAUAUUAUAAACUCAAAGACGAAAACCAUGAUUUGUAUUGUAGCAUAUGCCCAAAUAAGGUUGCAACGCACAGAUGCACAAAUUGUGCGGAAUGGCUGUGCUCUGAAUGCGAAGAGGCACACAAAAGAGUUACUGCUACAAAGAAGCACAUUUUACUAUCAACAGAAGACAUGAAACUUGCCAAAAAUCUAGAUGGGUUCAAAAGAAAUGUUACGUGUAAACGUCAUUCGGAAAAUUAUUUGAAAUUUUACUGCACAACAGAAUCUUGCCAAGAACCGAUGUGUGCAACGUGUGCUUUGGAAAUGUGCGAGGAGCUAGAUGUGCACAAAACCGUAAAGGUUGAAAAUAUUGUCAAAGAAAAGCGGCAAGAUAUUGCAGCUCUGAUGGACCAUGUGGAAAGCAUUGGACAUGACGUCGUAGCAACGAUCGAACGAAUUGAUUCCGAGAAAAAGAAUAUAGAAGAUAACGCUGAUCAAGUUGUUGAAAACAUUGAUUCGAAAUUCGACAGUUUGAUAAAAAUGAUUGAAAUGAUGAAAGAAGAAUUAAAAACUGAAUUAAGGACAGCAGUGAGUACAAAGCUAGAGGUAUUGGAAAAACAGAAGCUGGAACUAGGUACGUUAAAGAAACAGAUAGAAGAAGCAGAAGAAGUAACGGACCUUGUUUUAAUUUCUCCAAACUCGGUCGCUGUCAUGCAGUUGGAGAAAACAAUAAGAAACAGACUUCAAAAACUUUCAGAUGAGGUUAUAGACCAACACCCACGCGAACUGUCUACUUUUGGUUUCUAUGAAGACGAUUUGGCUAUAAAUGUGGAACAGGUCAUUGCAAAAAAUGCCUGUAUUUGGACCUCUUCGGUGUUUCCGGAGAAAUGUAUUACGAUUGUUGACGAAACUUUCAUGGAGAACGACUCGGUGGUUUUCACUAUGAUGCCUCAAGAUUACAGAGGACUCCCGAUCAAAAUUGAUGCCGUUAUAAUGAAGGCAACAGUAGAGGAUUCCGAAGGAAACGUUUUUGAUGGAGAAGUGACCCCCAGAGAAGACGAGUAUGCGAUGGUUGACGUCAAAGUAAACAUUAUCUCCCUUGGGCGACACAUCCUUAAGAUUUACAUGGGUGAAAAACUCGUCUCUUCCACAGUUUUUGAUCGAACUCGAGUUAACCUUCGCUCUACUUUCCCGCUAGGACUGGGCGAAAGAGUUAUCUCCCUGGAUUUAGAAGAAACAGACGUUUGAACACCUUAAUUCAUUUAAAAUAUGCUUAAAGAGGCUGGGGGUGGCAGCCAUUUUCAGACUAUUUUGAUCUCCUUUAAAAGAAGAGCUACAUAUAAAGAUAUACAAAAAUGAUCAAAUUUUAAAACUAAAAUGUAUGAAU